UAGCGAGAAACAACACCCAACAACUUGUGGGGAAAGGAAAGAAAGGAAAGAAACCCACCCACCCACUAAAAAAAAAAAAAAAAAGAAAAAUCCUGUGGCGCGCUGCCUGGUUCCCGGGAAGACUCGCCAGCACUAGAGGGUGGGGGAGUGCGAGCUGAAAGCUGCUGGAGAGUGAGCAGCCCUAGCAGGGAUGGACAUGAUGCUGUUGGUGCAGGGUGCUUGUUGCUCGAACCAGUGGCUGGCGGCGGUGCUCCUCAGCCUGUGCUGCCUACUGCCCUCCUGCCUCCCGGCUGGACAGAGUGUGGACUUCCCCUGGGCGGCCGUGGACAACAUGAUGGUCAGAAAAGGGGACACGGCGGUGCUUAGGUGUUAUUUAGAAGAUGGAGCUUCAAAGGGUGCCUGGCUGAACCGGUCAAGUAUUAUUUUUGCGGGAGGAGAUAAGUGGUCAGUGGAUCCUCGAGUUUCAAUUUCAACAUUGAAUAAAAGGGACUACAGCCUCCAGAUACAGAAUGUAGAUGUGACAGAUGAUGGCCCAUACACGUGUUCUGUUCAGACUCAACAUACACCGAGAACAAUGCAAGUGCAUCUAACUGUGCAAGUUCCUCCGAAGAUAUAUGACAUCUCAAGUGACAUGACCAUCAAUGAAGGAACCAAUGUUACCCUUACUUGUCUGGCCACAGGGAAACCAGAGCCUUCCAUUUCUUGGCGGCACAUCUCCCCAUCAGCAAAACCAUUUGAAAAUGGACAAUAUUUGGACAUUUAUGGAAUUACAAGGGACCAGGCUGGGGAAUAUGAAUGCAGUGCGGAAAAUGAUGUGUCAUUCCCAGACGUGAAAAAAGUAAAACUUGUCGUAAACUUUGCUCCUACAAUUCAGGAAAUUAAAUCCGGCACGGUGGCCCCGGGACGCAGUGGGUUGAUAAGAUGUGAAGGUGCAGGUGUGCCGCCUCCGGCCUUUGAAUGGUACAAAGGAGAGAAGAAGCUCUUCAAUGGCCAACAAGGAAUUAUUAUUCAAAAUUUUAGCACAAGAUCCAUUCUCACUGUCACCAAUGUGACACAGGAGCACUUCGGGAACUAUACUUGUGUGGCUGCCAACAAGCUAGGCACAACCAAUGCAAGCCUGCCUCUUAACCAAAUUAUUGAGCCUACUACCUCUAGUCCUGUCACAAGUCCAGCUCCAAGUACAGCCCAGUAUGGAAUAACCGGGAGCGCCGACGUUCUUUUCUCCUGCUGGUACCUUGUGUUGACACUGUCCUCUUUCACCAGCAUACUCUACCUGAAGAAUGCCAUUCUACAAUAAAUUUAAAGACCCAUAAAAGGCUUUUAAGGAUUCUCUGAAAGUGCUAAUGGCUGGAUCCAAUCUGGUACAGUUUGUUAAAAGCAGCGUGGGAUAUAAUCAGCAGUGCUUACAUGGGGAUGAUCGCCUUCUGUAGAAUUGCUCAUUAUGUAAAUACUUUAAUUCUACUCUUUUUUUGAUUAGCUACAUUACCUUGUGAAGCAGUACACAUUGUCCUUUUUUUUUUUAAGAUGUGAAAGCUCUGAAAUUACUUUUAGAGGAUAUUAAUUGUGAUUCCAUGUUUGUAAUCUACAACUUUUCAGAAGCAUUCAGUCAUGGUCUGCUAGGCUGCAGGCUGUAGUUUACAAAAACGAAUAUUGCAGUGAAUAUGUGAUUCUUUAAGGCUGCAAUACAGGCAUUCAAUUUCCUGUUUCAGUAAGAGUCAAUCCACAUUUACAAAGAUGGAUUUUUUUCUUUUUUGAUUAAAAAAAAAGCAAAUAAUAUUGCCUUCAGAUCAUUUCUUCAAAAUGUAACACAUAUCUAGAUUUUUCUGCUCGCAUGAGAUUCAGGUUUCAGGAAUGAGCCUUGUAAUAUAACUGGCUGUGCAGCUCUGCUUCUCUUUCCUGUAAGUUCAGCAUGGGUGUGCCUUCAUAAAAUAAUAUUUUUCUCUUCGUCUCCAACUAAUAUAAAAUGUUUGCUAAAAUUUGAAAGCAAAAUCAAACCAUAAUGAUAAAGUUAAACUGUAUCCUAUCUCUAAAUAAUGAAAGAGCUAUUGGCUUUUAAAAAUCUCUUCCCUCAUGACCAGCAGGGUUUGAGAAUUUUGACCCACAAUAACUCAGUUUUUGUGAUGAAAAACAAUUCAACUACCAUAGCACAAGUAAAGUUACCAUAUGAUUUCUUUAGUUGUAGCUAAAUGUUGAAUCCACUUUGGGAAAUAAUUCCCUUUAAAAUGACAGCACAGUCCAUUCAAGGGAUUGCCCAGCAAUAUAACCCCUUUUCUUUUCAUGAUUCCAAGCCAAAAUCUUUAAUAUAGUUUGUCAGAGAGGACACAAAGUCUUAUCAACUAAUAUUGCAUGAGUUGGUAAAGCCCUCAAAAUUGAUUUGGUUCUAUGGCAGGUAAGUCAGUAUGACAGUGCUCCUGUGGACAGGAGAAUUUUGCAUAUUUUCAACCUGAAAACAUCACUCUAUUGAGAGUCUGGAAGGUAUGUUAUGUAAAAAAUAAGUUCCAAAAUAUAUCGUAACUAAUAUUCUAUGCUGGUAUGAAGCAGAUUAAUCCCUGAAAUAACUACAUCUGCAAUACAAUCUUUUUCUAUAGCCAUUUCAAUUCAAACUAAUAAAGCCAAGAAAAUUGCCAUGUUUUAUUUCUUCUUACAUAAUAUAUGUAAUAUGUGAUCAAAUGAAGAUAAGAUACCAGUGAUGAGUAUUUCUUAAGAAUAACAGAACUGCUAAAUUACUGUGACUAUUAAACUGUUUCUAUUAUAACGAAUACAAAUCUGAAAGAAAAUGCUGUUACUCUAAAUAUUAUAUACAGGACUAAUUUGAUGGUUCUACUCUUUAUUAAAGGAAGACCAUAGACUUAAAAACCAUUUUACAAGUUUGCUGAAGUCAUCAAUUUCACUACUCCUAAAAGCAUUUCUGCAAAUAGUCCCCUUUUGUAAGUUAUAACAACAACAAAGGUAGUCCAUGUUAAGGUAUCUAAUUUCACCCUGAAUGAUAUGGCUUGAAAAUUGUGAUUUUCUUUUUAAGCACAUUUAGUUCCAAAGGACAUCAUAAAUCUACUUCAAUUAGAAAAACAAAUCUCAAAUUAGGGGGUAUCAAUACAUACUGUUGCCACAAAAUGGCAAUACUAUGGCAUAAUGCUAUUAAAUUUACUAACUGUAAUAAUUUAUUGCAUCAUUUUGAGUGAUAUAUUUAAAAUGAGUUUUUAAACAAAUACGGCAUUUUAUUUUAAGUAAAUAUGGCGUUUUAUCUAUUGAUUUGCUUUUUUUGAUAUUUGUGGAAUUGGUGAGUAAACUACAAAAUAUUAUUUUUGUAUUGCAGCUUUAAAGUGGCACACUCCAUAAUAAUCUACUCACUAGAAACAGUGGUGCUACCACAAAAGUGUUAACCAUCGGUACCAUUGUUUGGGAGAAAGAAACAGAUCAAGAAUGCAUAUUAUACAGUGAACACUUUCCUAGAGUUAAAAAUACCUCCUCUUUGUAAGGUUUGUAGGGUAAAUGUGAGGUAAAUCGAGGUAUAACUAUGGAUGAACCAAAUAAUUAGUUCAAAGUGUUGUCAUGAUUCCGAAUUUGUGGAGUCUGGUGUUUUCCCCAUAGAAUGUGACAGAAGUACAGUCAUAGCUCAGUAGCUAUAUGUAUUUGCCUUUAUGUUAGAAGAGACUUUCUUGAGUGACAUUUUAAAUAGAGGAGGUAUCACUAUGUUUUUCUGUAUCACAGCAGCAUUCCUAGUCCUUAGGCCCCUGAACAGAGUGAAAUCAUGAGUAUUUAUGAGUUCAAUAUUGUUCAAAUAAGGCUACAGUAUUUGCUUUUUUGUGUGAAUGUAUUGCAUAUAAUGUUCAAGUAGAUGAUUUUACAUUUAUGGACAUAUGAAAUGUCUGAUUACUCCAUCUUAUCAGUCCUGACUGUACAAGAUUGUUGCAAUUUCAGAAUAGCAGUUUUAUAAAAUUGAUUUAUCUUUGGAUCUAUAACAAUUUUUCUAGCUAUUCAUUUCAGCAUUAUAUUUUCCACAAGUUCCAUUUGUGGAACUCCUUUUGUUGCCCCUGAAUUUCUAUCAAGAAAGGAAGAAGAAAAAUAAAGAGCAGUUGAGAGGAGAGUGGAGAGAAAAGAAAAAGAGAGAAAAAUAUAGGAGAUAAAAAGAGAGGGAUAUAAGAAAGAAAGAAGGAAGGGAGGGAGGGAGAGAGGAAAGAUGGAGGAGGGAAGAAGGAUAAGAAGAUAAAGAGAAUAAAUGGAAUAUUAGUGUAGUUAAUUUAUUCAUUUGUAUUUUUGGUUUAACUACAAGUGGUGUAAUUAUGUUUUACAAUGAUCCCAUUUGAAACAUGUCCUGUUAUAACAUUAAGUUCCUAUUAUGCAGUAAUUAUAUUAGGAAAAGUACUGCCCAAAUUAUAGUAUAGCUUUUUUGUGACCCUAAAAGAUUCAAGAGAAAGAAUUUCAAACUUAGAGCCACUUUCAGGCAGUUUAUAAAUUAACUAAAAAAUUAAUUCUUCAUCAUAACAUUUAAGCUGUAUCUAGAAAGUAGACUGGAGAACUUAGAAAAUUACCCAGAUAAUUCAGGACAUAUAAAUACCCCUAUGUGUGAAGUCAGAAAACUCUGAGAAACUGAAUUAUCAAAGCCAAUCCUCUAUAAGGAUCAAAUUUACUGAGUAAUCAUUACUUUAUCCAUUGUGUUUAGCUUUGUGACACAGCCAAAAGUUACCUAUUUAAUAUUUUCAAUAAAAAUUGUUUUUUGAAAUCCAGAAAUGAUUUAAAAAGAGGUCAGGUUUUUAACUAUUUAUUGAAGUAUGUGGAUGUACAGUAUUUCAAUAGAUAUGAAUAUGAAUAAAUGGUAUGCCUUAAGAUCCUUUGAAUAUGUAUUUACUUUAAAGACUGGAGAGAAGCUCUUCCUGUCUUUUAGUAAAACAUCCAUAUUUCAUAAUCUGAUGUAAAAUAUGUUGUACUGUUUCCAAUAGGUGAAUAUAAAGUCAGUUUAUCAAUUAAAA